CUUGUGGGUGGUGAUAGUGGUGGACGAAAGUCUCCACGCUUUGUUUUAGGCUCAUCUGCUGCUGACCGUUAAUUAUGCCUCGAAUAAACAUUCCUCCCGUUACCCGGGCUUUCCUGACCGGAGUCUGUUCCCUUUCCCUUCUUUAUGGCGUUGCUCGAUGGCAGCAGUACGGUCCCGUUCAAGGUUCCGCCCCGAUCGCAUAUCUCUCGCUUGUACCAGCCCGAUUCCUAUUAUAUCCGUGGACACUCUUAUGCGCGACUUUCGUGGAACGAAACAUUUUCACGGUGAUCACGACCGGAGCGACAAUAUUCUAUGGUGGAAAAUACCUGGAGCGUGCCUGGGGUUCAAUGGAAUUUGGUAAAUUUCUUCUCGUUAUCGCCCUAUUGUCGAAUACGAUCACGACCCUUCUUUAUAUUAUUGUUGCUGCUAUCGUGGGUAACUCGGCCAUCGCCGAAAAAGGAAUAUGCGGUGGAGUAGCGAUCCAAGCUGGUUUCCUAGUUGCCUUCAAGCAGCUGGUCCCCGAACAUACUGUCACUUUGCUUCAAGGAAUUGUCAAGAUGCGCGUGAAGCAUUUCCCUGCCAUUUUCCUUGCGCUGAAUGCCAUCGGAGCGAUGGUCUUGGGAAUGGAUACUACUUUCAAUCUGAGCUGGCUUGGGUUUCUAAUUGGCUGGAGUUAUCUUCGGUUCUACAAGAGACAGCCAGACCUCUCCGGAACCUCUACACAAAGUCUCGGCAUCAAAGGUGAUGCUAGUGAGACAUUUGCGUUUGCCUGCUUUUUCCCGGACGUGAUCCAACCACCAAUCACGUUUAUUUCAGACAGAAUAUAUUCGAUUCUCGUAGCACUUCGUGUAUGCACGCCUUUCUCAGCGGAGGACAUUGCCUCUGGGAACCAACAGGCCAUUGCGCGAGGUGAAGCUGGUCUUCCGAGUCUUUUAAACCCGACUGGACGAGCAGAUGUGCGGUCAAUGGGUAAAAGAGAAGAGGCAGAGCGACGACGAGCCUUAGCACUUAAGGCUCUUGAUCAAAGGCUCCAGGCAGCCAGUGCAAACAGAGCUCAACCGGCGACGAAUGCUGCGGCAUCUUCUCAGCCCCCACCUCAGUCGACCCCGCAAUCGAUGGCUCCGGCUGUUGCUCCCGGUCAGAGUAUGCUGGGUGAAACCAGCUACACUCCUGACCGCGCAUGACGAACAUAUUCCAACAUUUUUCUGCAAUGUGAGCCUCUGAUGAUGUGUUAGGUAAAGAUUUUAAUGUCCUUUGAUGGAAAUGGGAAGAGAUUUGUUAUUGAGAAAAUUUUCUCAUGGCUUCUUCACAUUUUAUUUUAUUUUAUUUUAUUUUCCUCCCCCUUCUACCUGUAUUAUGUUGUAUCUUUUUCAAAGCAAAUGCGGUCUCGGAGUCUCUUUCCCGGUGCAAAUUUUAUAUGGUGUCUGCGUCCUGCUUAAGGGAUACCCUCUGUCAUGAAUUGUUUAAAGGUUGAAAUGCAGUUGAAUCACAAUUUCUUAAUGAG